ACAGCAGCGCGACCACCGUUAAAAAGGAAACCGUUUCUUGGAAAGCCUGAACAUGUUCCCGAAGAUAAAUCACCCAUUGUUUACGUUUCGUUUCGAAUGUGUGUUAACCGCGAAUUGGCAUAAAAUCUUCACGUGUAUGUCUUGUGAACGUGUGUGUGUGGGUUAGGUUCAACCUGCCGCGGUUAAGCACUUGACUGAGAGAGCAGUUAGUAAGUCAGUGGUGGUAAAAGCGACUUGAGUUAGUCUUGCACAGAUAUUCUUGGCCAGCGAAUCGCGUGUGUUCACCUGUACCAAUCUUCGAGUUCUUGUAGUGGGUCACUUGGACGUCGCUGUGCGGAUAUUUGCCCCAAGAGUGAUCUGUGAUUGACCGUGCGGACUUUCUGGAUUUUUCUGGACGGCUUACAGGUGUAAAUAUGUGAAUCAUGGGCACUAUCGACAGCGGAACGGAGACGCUCUUUUCCGACGACUCUUCGUGCGAGCUGGUGGGCUCACCGAGCGUUUGCUAUGGAGACGACGCCGAAGGACAAUUCGAGGAUAACUGUUCGGAGGUCAACAGACUCGCACCUCCGAAUAUCCAGCCAUUUAGCGGCGUACUGGAAAAGGGUAAGGUAGUGAUUCGGCCGAUCGCUUUUAAACCUGCAGCCAUGACACCUGCGGCAAGAUUCGGUUUAGCAGGAGAACGAUACGGAUCAACGCCUAUCCUCACGAGACCAGGUUCACGCCUGACGUUGUAUGGAAGCACCAAUGAUCUGCGACAGCCCAGCAGCAGUUCCAACUAUUCUCUGGACCGAAAACUGCGCUCUUCGUGUCCUUCCGCGUCCUCUUCACCACCUUUGGCGAUGAGCUCGUUAACGUCGCUUCCGCACAAACUCGUCAACUACGAUAGUUUGGAGAGCGUGAGGAAGUCGCCGGUGUCUACGGUUGAUGGGUCUAUGAUGAACAAAACGUCGUAUCGGCUGUCGGGCGCGGGCGGCGGAAGUCUGCUAGAUCUGACGCCGUCACCGUCCGAUUCGGGAGUGUCUGAGCUGGAGGCGGCGUUGCGCGACCGCGACUCCGAGCUCGCCUACCUCCGACAGACGAUGGAGCACAACGAACAGGUCAUAUUCCGGGUCUACCAGGAGAAGGAGAAGGUCUGGGAGCGCGAGCUGAGGAGGCUGAAGAGCGUCCACGAGAACCGACUGAGGGCCAGCGCGCAGAAAGCCCUCAAACUGGAGCAGAUGCUGAUGAUGCAAACUUACCAGCUGCAGCAGGACAAGAAGAGGCUUUGUGCAGAGACGCAGAGGGCCAAUUGUCAGAGCGAACGGCUCCGGCAGGAAGUGAGCGCGCUGAGGGGGCGGCUGGAGGAGACGGAAUGGGGACUGUGCCAGAAAACGGGGGAGAUUUCGUUGCUGAAGUCACAACUGAAGGACUAUCAAAACGAGCAAACCUCAAAAUGCCAAGAACUCCUCCAACUACGUAACGAACAACGCGAAUUUCGCGAACAAUUAGACCUCCGAGACACGGAAAUCACCGAAAUAAGAAAACAGUCUGAAGAAAAAGACAACGAAAUACAAAACUUAAAACAAGAACUAGCCAGGUUGCAUUCUAAAUCUCAGUCUGACGUAUCGUGUUCCGACAGUCUUUCAGAAACAGAGAGACUGAAAGCAGAAAUAAGAGAACUGAGGGAAGAACUGUCCGACAUGUCCUUAACCGAAUACGAAGGAACGGAGCCGGGCCGAUCCCAAAGAACGCCACUCUCGGAAGAAGACAUCGAAAUCCAAAGGCUGAAUGGUACCGAAUGUUCCUGUCCAGAACUAGAAAAACUCAGAGAGGAGAUCGAAAUGAAGACGAAGGAUUUUGAGAACGAGAGGGUGGUCUGGGCCCAAGAGAAGGAGAAAGUGUUGCGGUACCAGAGGCAACUGCAGAUGAAUUACGUGCAGAUGUAUAGGAGAACACGGGCGUUGGAGGCAGAAGUGGAGAGUCUGACCAUCGAGUUGGAGCUUGACAAAACUGGCGUCAAAAAACAAUUACCGGCAUCUGAUUUGACACAAACUAUUGAAUUAUAAUGAUCGACGAAUUUGUGGGGUAUUUUUUCUCGUGUAGACCGACGUAGUUUACAGUAUGAGUUAAAAGUGCUUUGUUCAAUUCUAGAGACUCUGGAUUUCGUUGAUCUCGAUUCGUUUAGAGAUAACAAAACCAUAUUUGAUACUGUAGAGGUCACAUGUGAUUUUUUUCAUUAUUUAUUACCUAUCCAUUGUAAAUAAGUAUUAUUCACCACCGUUUUCCUUUUACAUAAUUUACCAUUAUUCCUAUAGAUUCUAGUAUUUAACAUUGUUAUUUUUGUAUAUAAACAAAUAAACGUUACUUUAAAACGA